AUGGCGCCCAGAAGGAAUGGCAUGAUCUUGAAGCCCCACUUCCACAAGGACUGGCAGCAGCGAGAGGACACUUGGUUCAACCAGCCGACAUGCAAGAUCCGCAGACGCAAGGCCUGGCAGGCGAAAGCCCGCCGCAUUGCCCCGCGCCCCGCGUCCGGACCCAUCAGGCCCAUCGUGAGGUGCCCCACAGUGCGCUACCACACCAAGGUCCGAGAUGGCCGGGGCUUCAGCCUGGAGGAACUCAGGGUGGCUGGUAUCCAUAAGAAGGUGGCUCACACCAUUGGCAUCUCCGUGGACCCAAGGAGACGAAACAAGUCCACCAAGUCCCUGCAGGCCAACGUGCAGCGCCUGAAGGAGUACCGCUCCAAGCUCAUCCUCUUCCCCAGGAAGCCUUCCGCUCCAAAGAAGGGAGAUAGUUCGGCUGAAGAACUUAAAUUGGCCACUCAGCUAACUCGACCUGUGAUGCCCAUCCGGAAUGUUUAUAAGAAGGAGAAAGCCAGAGUCAUCACAGAAGAAGAGAAGAACUUCAAGGCUUUUGCCAGUCUCUUUGGCAUCCGAGCAAAGAGGGCAAAGGAAGCUGCAGAGCAGGAUGUUGAGAAGAAAAAGUGAUGUGCUUU